GCAAAGUUCUGGUGCUUCUCCCCGCACCCUAACAAUCGAUUAAAAACUUUCUUCUCCGGCGAAAUCACCAUCUCCCUUAACCGGCGAAAUCACCAUCUCCGACUAUCAAAUCGAGGUUUGAUUUUGACGAAAAUCUCCAGCUAAAGAAGGAAGCUUUGAGAGAUGUCAUAUGAAAGCAAAGGUUUCUGGGUUCUGAAGAACAAUGAGAAUGCAAGUGAGGAAGAGGAAGAACAACACUCUGGGUAUAAUGAUCAUCCACCAAAGCGUCCUCAUCCUUGGUUUAACGACUCUUCUCGCUCCGAGACUUUCCCUAACAAGAAGCAAGCUGUAUUGCAAGAGCCAGGGAAAUCCUCAAAUGUUGUAGUAGGAGGAGGUCUUCCUCUAUGGGAGACUUCAUCUGUUUUUCAAUCCCAGUUCAUGGAUAGGCUUCUAGGCAGCACUGAGAUGCCUAGACCACUUUUGUUUGGUGAUAGAGAUCAUAGAACAGAACCCAAGAGUUUUAUGGAAGAUAGGUCUGUUGAGUUGUCUAUAUCUAAUGAAAGUUGUUUUGGUGGUGGUGGUGGUGGUGGUGAUGGGAGUAGGAAGCUUCAAGUUAGUCGUGUCAAGGAGACAAUGAGUGGUUUACUAGAUGGUAGGAAAAUGGAGUCGUCGGAGUCUUCGAUUAGAGCUUGUGGCAGAGAGAACGAGAGUGGUAGUAGUUUUGUGGAUUUUGCAAUUGAGAGUCAUCAUCCUUAUGGGAAUGAGGACACUCAUGGGAUCUCAUUUGGUGUUGUUGACUCCACUUCUAAUGUGGUUGGGAACUAUCAGUCUUAUGUUCAAGAUCCACUUGGAGGAUCGGAUAUUGUUUAUGGUCAAGAAACCGCGCAGACGAGCAGCGAUGUUGUAAGUGAACAGCAACAGCAAGUGAGUAAACAGAGUUUGGAGUGUCUUCCAAAGAGUAAGACGUCAAAGAAGGAAGCUUCCACAAGCUUUCCUUCAAAUGUCAGAAGCUUGAUAUCAACUGGUAUGCUCGAUGGCGUUCCUGUGAAGUACAUUGCUCUCUCUCGUGAGGAGCUUCGAGGAGUCAUCAAAGGGUCUGGCUAUCUCUGUGGAUGUCAAGAUUGCGAUUAUACAAAGGUGCUUAAUGCGUAUGCAUUUGAGAGACAUGCUGGAUGUAAAACAAAGCAUCCAAACAAUCAUAUUUACUUUGAGAACGGGAAGACUAUUUAUCAGAUAGUUCAGGAACUUAGGAAUACUCCAGAGACUAUGUUGUUUGAUGUUGUUCAGACUGUCUUUGGUUCUCCUAUCAACCAGAAAGCUUUCCGCAUAUGGAAAGAAUCAUUCCAAGCAGCAACUAGGGAACUUCAGCGUAUCUAUGGCAAAGAAGAGCGUUGCUUUUGAUUGUAUUCAUAUUACAUUAUGUGGAGAAUUGUAAGAUUGUAAACUUUUUGCUGAAUCUUAAUGUAUAAACUUCUCUUUGUAUUUGCUUUAAUUGUGUAUAUAGAGAACCUUUACAAAGCUUUAAGAACUGGUUAUGUAACAGAGAAAGCAAAAGCUAAGAAGAGGUAUUUAGUUAUGAGCAAGAGUCUUACAAUCUAUCCACACAAUCAAUAUGGUUUCUUCAAGAUUCUACUACUACCCUCAUUACAAAUCAGUUUCUUAAGUUCCACAGCAUGCAGAGUUCUGUUGUCCUGAUCCAGAAGCCUUGUCUGUUUGGUUCAUCCUAAUUGUCGCAGGCU